GACGCCCACUGGGUAGUGGCUGCCAGCUGGUGCUCCUCAAGUGUCCUCUAAGCAGCGGCAGGGGUAGGUGAUGAACGGUUAGUCAGGCGAGCACCCGAAGCUGGCCAGCCAGUACGUCGUCGGUGAGAGGUGUGGGUGAUUCCGAGUCACUUCUGGAAGCGGCUACUUAGGACGUUGCAGUGACUGUGGAAGGAGGCGUGGCUGUUCUGCAACCCUCGGAGGAGCGGCUUUAAAUAUAACGAGAGAAGGAACCGAGGAGUCUAGUGAAGCUUCUUGUGACCUUAUCGGUUGAGGGCGGAAGCGAGGGCUGCGUUGCGUGGGCGGUGACGGAGGAUUCUCCUGGACCCGCGUGGAAGCCGCUCUCAGGAUGCUGCGCCGCGAGGCCCGCCUUCGCCGGGAGUACCUGUACCGCAAGGCGCGAGAGGAGGCUCAGCGAACCGCCCAGGAGAGGAAGGACAAGGUUCGGCGCGCGCUUGAAGAGAACCGCCUCAUUCCCACGGAGUUACGCAGAGAGGCUCUGGCCUUACAGGGAUCCCUGGAGUUUGAUGAUGCCGGUGGUGAAGGUGUCACCAACCAUAUGGAUGAUGAGUAUCGAUGGGCAGGGGUCGAGGAUCCCAAAGUCAUGAUCACUACCUCUCGAGAUCCCAGUUCCCGCCUCAAGAUGUUUGCAAAGGAGCUGAAAUUGGUGUUCCCGGGCGCCCAGCGCAUGAACCGAGGCCGGCACGAGGUCGGGGCGCUGGUGCGAGCCUGCAAAGCCAAUGGGGUCACUGACCUGCUGGUUGUCCAUGAGCAUCGAGGCACACCUGUGGGGCUCAUUGUCAGCCACCUGCCCUUUGGCCCAACUGCGUACUUCACACUGUGCAACGUGGUUAUGCGGCAUGACAUCCCCGACCUGGGCACCGCGUCAGAGGCCAAGCCUCACCUCAUCAUGCAUGGCUUUUCCUCCCGCCUGGGUAAGCGGGUCUCUGACAUCCUCCGCUACCUAUUCCCUGUGCCCAAAGAUGACAGCCGCCGGGUCAUCACCUUCGCCAACCAGGAUGACUACAUCUCCUUCCGGCACCAUGUGUAUAAGAAGACUGACCACCGCAACGUGGAGCUGACUGAGGUCGGGCCUCGCUUUGAGAUGAAGUUGUACAUGAUCCGCUUGGGCACGCUGGAACAGGAGGCCACAGCAGACGUGGAGUGGCGCUGGCACCCCUACACCAACACUGCACACAAGAGGGUCUUCCUAAGCGCUGAGUGAGCCUCCUCACCGGUCAGAACAUGGACCUGAUCGCCGACCUGGGAGCUGGGGAGGAGUGAGAAUAAAACCUGAAUGUCAGAGCACCCUGUUUGUCUCUGAGUGAUCAGGAACAGGUCUGUUAGGCUGAGCAUGAAGGAAGUGCGGUCUCCUCAGGUGGGGACCUGACAACUCUGGGACAUUCUCAGGGCUGGUGGUGACAGCAUGUCUAGGACAAGGCAGGCUCAAGGUGCUGGCUUGCCCCUUGACCAUAGGGAGGGUUUGGUAGUACCCGAGGGAUUUGGUGUUGCUGUCACUUAGGAGUCAGGGGGCCUGUGAGUUCAUCUUCCGGGAGUGGGAAUAAUAAUGUGAGUGCAGAAGUCUCACUGAGAGUGGGACAGACAGAAAAUAAGAUGCAGACUUCAUUGUGGCUUUGAGUGUAAUUCAAGUUCCUCAGAGAACCCAGUGCACUCGGGUUCACAGACAGUGGAGAGCUUCAUCAUGGCCAUCUUUCCAUUUAAUGAUCUCUUUAGGGUCUUCUUGGGUUACCAAGGACAUGUCUAGGUUGUGGUAUCUGUGGAUUCACCACGCUUUAAUGGCUGUACAUUCAAGUCGUUUCCUGUUUUUAAGUACCACAAACAUUGCUUCAAGAACAUUGAAAAAUCUCUGUGCAUACUGAUGCAACUGUAUCUGAUGAGUAAACUCCUGCGGAUGGAA